UCAUGAACUGUUUAUUUAUUAAAUUAAUUAGUUAGUUAGUCGGUCACAAAGUGAGUUUAACUUAGUGUUUCUAGCCGGACCGAUAAAGGUGUAACACUGCUGUGCCAUCCAAACAUCCGGUGCAGYGUACUACGCAGUUUCGUUCGCACUGGUGAACGCUAGCAGACAGAUGGCCUGGUUUAGAUGGCUUAUUUAGGACCUCGGGUCUGGACGUCACGCCUCUUUAUCCCCGGUGUGUCCGUGUUCAGACUCCUCGGUUCUGGCAGUAUGGACGAUAUGGGUCUGACAGCGAGUCGUUCUCCACUGGAGCGGCUCGACUUUGACAACGUCGUCCUGAGGAAACUUCCGCUGGACCCAUCCGAGGAGCCGGGAGUACGCCAGGUGAAAGGUGCGUGCUUCUCUCGGGUCAAGCCUCAGCCGCUGAGCAACCCUCGGUUCGUCGCUGUGUCGCCCGAGGCUCUGACCCUGCUGGGGCUCCACGCAGACGAGGUUUUGAAGGACCCUCUGGGGCCGGAGUAUCUCAGCGGAUCCAGAGUCAUGCCUGGAUCCGAACCCGCGGCUCACUGCUACUGCGGACACCAGUUCGGUAACUUUGCCGGGCAGUUGGGCGACGGGGCAGCCUGCUACCUGGGAGAGGUGAAGGCUCCACCGAGUCAAGACCCCGAGCUGCUCCGGGAAAACCCGUGCGGCCGAUGGGAGAUUCAGGUGAAAGGAGCUGGACUGACCCCCUUCUCUAGACAAGCCGAUGGUCGCAAGGUYCUGCGGUCCAGCAUAAGAGAGUUCCUCUGCAGCGAGGCCAUGUUCUUCCUGGGUGUGCCCACCACCAGAGCGGGCUCUGUGGUUACCUCGGACAGCAGAGUUAUACGGGACGUGUAUUACAGCGGACRUCCUCAGCACGAGAGAUGCUCAGUCGUUCUUCGGAUUGCUCCCACCUUCCUCAGGUUUGGAUCCUUCGAGAUCUUCAAGGCAGCCGACGAGUUCACAGGACGGCAAGGCCCCAGCUAUGGACGAGAYGAGAUCCGAGGUCAGAUGUUGGAUUACGUCAUAGAGGUGUUCUACCCUGAAAUCCAACAGAACUACCCAGACCGGGUGGAGAGAAAUGUAGCUUUCUUCAGAGAGGUGAUGUAUCGAACAGCUCGACUCGUGGCUCAGUGGCAGUGUGUGGGAUUCUGUCACGGAGUUCUGAACACGGACAACAUGAGCGUCCAGGGUCUCACCCUGGACUAUGGUCCAUAUGGCUUCAUGGACAGGUUUGACCCGGACUUCAUUUGCAAUGCGUCCGACAGCUCCGGACGAUACUCCUACCAGGCCCAGCCGGCCAUCUGCAGGUGGAACCUGGUGAAGCUAGCCGAGGCUCUCGCUCCAGAACUUCCACCAGAUCGGGCCGAGGCCGUGAUGGAGGAGUACCUGGACCUGUUCAACCGCUUCUACYUGGAGAACAUGAGGAAGAAGCUGGGGUUACUGACGAAGGAGGAGCCUGAGGAUGAGAUCCUGAUCACUGAGCUGCUGCAGACGAUGCACAACACAGGUGCUGACUUUACCAACACUUUCCGAAGCUUAAGUCAGAUUUCCUGUCCGACCGAGGGAGAAGCUGAAGGACACGAGGGGCUUAAGAAAACCACAGACCUUCUUUUGGAGCAGUGUGCCUCUUUAGAGGAGCUUAAAGCUGCCAACAAACCCACCAUGGAUCUGCGUGAGCUUUCAAUGCUGCUCUCUAUGGCUCAGAGCAACCCGACUCUGUUCCAGAUGGUCUCAGACCGGGUGACCAUCGCCAGGCAGUUGGACAAACUCGGCAAACUGAAGGACCUGAUGGAGACGAGUGAGGAGGAGCUGAGAACCAAACAGGCCGAGGAGUGGAGUUCCUGGAUCACACACUAUAGGAAACGUCUGGCUCGCGAGCUGGAGGGUCAGAGCGACGUGCAGUCCGUGCAGGAGGAGAGGGUGAGGGUGAUGAACAGCUCCAACCCUCGCGUGGUGCUCAGGAACUACAUUGCCCAGAAUGCAAUAGAGGCUGCUGAGAACGGGGACUUUUCUGAGGUUCAACGGGUCCUCGAGGUCCUGCAGAAACCCUUCUCCUCUCAGCCAGGUCUGGAGCUCCCAGUCUGGGUGGGCGAACCUGGGACCACCGCACAGGCAGAGAGGGAUGAAGGAGAGGAGCAACAACACGGAGCGUCUGCAUCGGCAGCCAGGACCCCACUGCCUUAUGACAGCAAGCCCCCAGCCUGGGCACAACAAAUCUGCGUCACGUGAUCUUCGUAACGGCUCCCUUGAUCGUUCACUGUCCUGCCUGAAGAAACAAAACGGGUGGAUUAUAUCUGAUGGACUGUUUUACUUGCAUGUCCAACUUUGAGUUCCUCUUUGGCAGGGCAGCGUCAAGGGAGUGUGCGGGGGAGGAGGGACACCACACAGGCGAGCACAAUGACACACAACAGACAGGAGGUGAUAAGGUGGCGGGUUUCUUCCACUGCUUUGAGUUUUAACUUUAAACAGGAUGAUUUUUUUAGACUUCAAGUCAGCUCACCUCCUGCGUGUUUGGUGUUACGUCUGCUGUUCAUGACGAGUCAGGCAACAAGUCCAGCUGUGACCUGCCUGACUCUGACGAGCUGUGGGGUGUCACCUUAAAGUUUGAUAAAUAGCAUGAAGUGUGUGUGUUUGUGUGUGUGAGAGAGAGAGAGAGUGAGAGAACAUUUUGACCUUAUUUCUGAAUGUAAGGCAGAGCUCGCAGAGCCUGUCUAACAGAAACACGCACAAUAAAUUCUUUCAUAAUCGAAGGAA